AUGGAGAAGAGAGAGUUGGUGCACCUUUUCGUGACGGUGUUCCUCUCUUCGUUUUCGAUUUUCUUGGUUUUUCCGGCCAUCACCGACGUCACCGUCGCGGCGGUUUGCCCCAGUCGGGAAAGCUGCUCUCUUGCCAUUUACCUCACUGGGUUUCAACAAGCGAUCAUAGGAUUGGGAACGGUGGUGAUGAAUCCGGUAAUUGGGAACCUAUCGGACCUCUAUGGGCGGAAGGCUCUGCUCACAUUCCCAUUGACACUAUCCAUUAUCCCACUAGCAAUAUUAGCAUUUAGCCGGGAGACCAACUUCUUCUAUGCUUUCUUUGUGCUGAGGACCCUAACUGCCAUGACAUGUGAAGGCAGCGUCAACUGCCUCGCCCUCGCUUACAUUGCAGACAACAUUUCAGAGAAAGAAAGAGUAUCUACAUUUGGAAUUCUAGCUGGGUGUACCUCCGCAUCAUUUGUCUGUGGAACUUUAGUAGCUCGUAUCCUCCCCACUUCGUCAACAUUUCAGGUUGCUGCCUUAGCUUCAAUGAUGGCGGCUGUUUACAUGAGAAUUUUUCUCAAAGAAACCAGGCUACCAGAUCAUGGGGAUAGCACUUUGAGCCAGCCUAUCUUGAAGGGAUCAGAACCAGUACCAGACCGAAUCACAGAGGAUGACGAUUAUACUCCGAAAACAAAAAUUGCAUUUAAGAAGAUGCCAUCAGCUGGGGAUCUUUUUAGAUUACUUAGGAGUAGUAAGACCCUGUCACAAGCUGGUAUUAUUUCCUUCUUUCAGAGCCUAGCAGAAGGGGGCAUGCAAGUUACGGUCAUGUAUUUUCUUAAGGCUCGUUUUCAGUUCGACAAAAACCAGUUUUCUGAUAUAAUGCUCCUUGUGGGGAUAGCAGGAGCCAUAUCACAGAUGAUUCUCAUUCCCAUGUUGGCACCUAAAAUCCGAGAGGAAAAGAUGCUGUCAUUUGGGCUCUUACUGAGCUGUAUUAGUAUGUUUCUAAACAGUGUCGCUUGGGCACCUUGGGUUCCUUAUGCAGCUACUGUGUUUUCUUCUUUCGGCUUAUUAGCACAACCAACUAUUCACAGCAUUGCAUCAAAACAAGUUGGACCAACUGAGCAGGGAAAGGCUCAAGGAUGCAUGGCAGGCAUAAGCUCCUUUGCCAACAUUGUUUCUCCAUUAGUUUUUAGCCCUUUGACAGCUUUAUUUUUGUCUAAAGAUGCACCGCUCAAUUUCCCUGGCUUCAGUAUUAUGUGCCUUGGACUUGCAACGGUCAUUGCCUUAAUUCAGAGUACUAUGAUAAGGGCCUCUCCUCCUAUUUCAAGUCACAGUUUUGCCUAG